AUGGAGGUGAAUGAGGAGACAGUGGAGCCUAGUGAAGAUGUACAAGCUUUGACCUCAAAGGACCAGCAGGAGAGUGCCCUGACUUCCUGUCAAGCCUUCUCCCAUGCAGGUGUCAAAGCCACAGGUCCACCACUGUCACAAAGAUAUGAGAAGGUAGAUGAAAAAUCUUCUGAUAAAGACCUGUUUGUUGCUUUUUGUCCAGUGUUCACUGUCAUCAUGAACAAAGGUUCCUAUCACCAGGUAGGAGGUUUUGCUUUGUCCACCACAGCAUGGAUUCUUUGCAUCAUCUCCAUGGGCCUCCCGCAAUGGCGAGUGUGGUACUUGAAUGAACCCACGAUCUCUUACCCUAGUGUGGCCUUUGUGGGAGUUUGGAAAGUCUGCAUCUACCACCGUGACAACUCCAGCAAUAUUAGAAUGUGUCACCAAUACAGCUACCAUGACAACUUCAUCCCUUUGGAUAUUCGUGUUUCUCAACACCUGCUCCUGAUCACCAGCAUUUUAUGGCUGAUUGGAAAAGUGGCCACCACUGUUGCUCUUAGAAAUGUGUACAUGGGAAGACAAGAGGAGAAUGUCAUCUACAAUGCCUUCAGCACUUCAGCAAUUCUGAACAUCAUUGCCAGUAGCUUUGUCUUCCUUACUGUCUUGUGCAAUUAUUUUUCCAUUAUGAACAAGGAGGGAAUUGGCUUUCCACCAUCUUUCCAUAUACCCUUUUACCCACAUAGUCAGAAAGUUGGAGUUGCCAUGGGAGUGGCAUUUCUAGCGGCCAUCCUGUUUUUGUGCAGUGGUGUGAUUUUUAUUUCUUACACGUUUCCCUUAAACAGCCAAGCCUUUCCUAAUGCCUGA